AGAAGUCCAGUCUUCAAGACGAUCACACCACCCACGAUAGCCAUGACGCAUUUACUCCGAUUCGACAUGAGCUUCCUUUCGCCGGAACGCUGACGACUACUUAAGCAUAAGGGCGAUAGCCCUGGGCCGGAGAGGCGGUACGGCGACACUGAAGAGAUGCCGUCCGCCGCAUUCUCCGCGCCCGCCACCACCUCCGCCAUCAGCACCGCCUCCACCUCCGUCUCCGCUCCCGCUCCGCUCGACACUCCAACCUCACCUACACAAAACGACCACACCUUCACACAACCAGCCAACAAUAGCCACAAGGCCCGAUCAAUGGUGGUAUCUCUGACUCCGGAGCGUCAGCGUGAGACAUGGGCGAAGAAAGCGGAGUUCCUCCUUGCUGUGGUGGGGUUCGCUGUGGACCUCGGGAACGUGUGGCGGUUCCCCUACAUCUGCUACCAGAACGGCGGUGGUGCUUUCCUGAUACCAUACUGCGUGAUGCUAUUAUUCGGUGGACUACCGCUGUUCUUCAUGGAGCUGGCUCUGGGGCAGUUCCACAGAUGCGGAUGUUUAACACUUUGGAAGAGAAUCUGCCCCGCAUUAAAAGGGGUAGGUUACGCCAUAUGCAUGAUCGAUAUCUACAUGGGCAUGUACUACAACACGAUCAUCGGCUGGGCGGUUUACUACCUCGUGGCAUCCCUGGCCUCCAUCAACUCCGUGCUGCCCUGGACUAGUUGCGACAACGAAUGGAACACUCCUCUCUGCUCACCAGUUACAUCCCCGCAGAACAAUCCUAAUGCUACCACGCCGGCUAAAGAAUUCUUUGAACGUAACGUUUUGGAACAACAGCGAUCCAACGGCCUGGAUGAUAUGGGCCCUAUAAAACCAUCGCUUGCUCUUUGCGUCUUCGGUGUCUUCGUAUUGGUAUACUUUUCUUUAUGGAAAGGUGUAAGAAGUGCUGGCAAGGUGGUGUGGGUCACAGCAUUAGCUCCGUACGUAGUGCUUCUGAUAUUGCUGGCAAGAGGGGUCACGCUUCCCGGUGCUACUGAAGGCAUUCGAUACUAUUUAACACCUGAGUGGCAUAAGCUACAGAAUACAAAGGUGUGGGUGGAUGCGGCCUCUCAAAUAUUCUUCUCUCUGGGUCCGGGCUUUGGCACACUUCUGGCUUUGUCCAGCUACAACAAGUUCAACAACAACUGCUACCGCGACGCUAUCAUCACCUCCUCAAUCAACUGCCUCACCAGCUUCCUCGCUGGAUUUGUUAUAUUCUCCGUUUUAGGUUACAUGGCACACGUUCAGAACAAGAGCAUCGAGGAGGUAGGUCUCGAAGGUCCGGGGCUAGUGUUCAUCGUUUACCCGGAGGCCAUCGCCACUAUGACCGGUUCAGUCUUUUGGGCCAUCAUCUUCUUCCUCAUGCUCAUCACCCUCGGAUUAGACAGCACUUUUGGAGGUCUGGAGGCAGUCACCACAGCUCUAUGUGACGAGUAUCCCCGCGCACUCGGACGGCACCGCGAAGUGUUCGUCGCCUUUUUGUUGCUCUUUAUAUACAUCUGCGCUCUUCCUACCACAACAUACGGCGGGGUAUACCUAGUCGAUUUAUUGAACGUGUAUGGACCGGGUCUGGCGAUCCUGUUUGUUGUGUUCGCGGAGGCCGCUGGCGUGUGCUGGGUGUACGGUGUGGGGCGUUUCUCAGAGGAUGUGAGGACAAUGUUAGGACACAAACCUGGCUGGUUCUGGAGAACCUGCUGGUCUUACAUCAGCCCUGUGUUCCUGCUGGUGCUGUUUAUCUUCUCGGUGCUAUCGCACGAGGAGAUGCUGGGUGGAGAGUACGAGUACCCUCGCUGGUCGAUCCGCGCCGGCUGGGCGAUGACCGCCACCACCGUCUCCUGCAUUCCAGUCUACAUCAUCUACAAGUUCAUCAUCACACCUGGCAGCUUCCUCACUCGUAUAAGGACAAUGAAACGCCCAGUGGAAUCACCAGUUCCAGUUCCAGCGCCCAGUGGCCUGUGACCGCACCCGCCGAGCAUCGAGUGGCUCGUGUAGCCAGAAAUACUUCUAGAUACUUCUAGAACAUACUUUUUCGAUAGAAAUUAGGACCAAUAUUUAUAUCCUAUACUUUAAAUCUUGAUCAUUGGUUCUAACUGAUUAUAUCGUUUAAUAAGUAGAAAAUAAUAUAUCUAGUAGAGAAGUUAGAUAUACAUAUAUAACAAAGGAAAAUAAUUUGGAAACAAAGUAGUGUAGUGAUUAAUAUUUUACAUUGCAGUAUUGUUAGAACAUAUAUAGAUACAUUUAGUCAACGUAUAUAGGAGAUAUUAUUCACUAUCUGUAGUAGUUAUUAAGAGUCGGAAAGGUCGGAAAUGGGUUUAAAGAAAUAUAAUAUUAAAAAAAUCGUGCAAGUUUUUUCGGAGUACUAGAUGAUAGGGAUUUGAUUAUUCUUGGAGAAGCGUGUACCCCUAGUUGUUAGUUGAAGCAUAGGUGAAAAACUUUAAUAUGUUCUAGAGAUACAACGAAUGCUGUAUAUACAUAGAUAGCUAUAUUUGUACAUAAAGUAAUUGCUGGUCAGACUAUAAUUGCUUGAUGAUUCUUACGCGUUUGCUAGAUUAUAUAAUACAUGUUUAAAUAUUAAACGGCUAUUAGAGGAAAUUUUUGGUAGAAAAAGUAGACAUUUUGAUUCCGAUACAUCUACAUUCCAGGGCAAUGAAUGCAGAUAUAUCGUUACCUUUGUAAAUAAAAAUAUAUAGUGCUUCUAGGGACGAACAUUUAAUCCUUCUUCGUGUAACAUACCCAUUUAUAUAGACGUUGGGAUUUAUGAAGGCGUUAAUUAGACACUAGUAGAAGCAGUUUAUCAUCUAUUACGAAUGUUGUUAUGUAUUGUAUGGAAUAAUAUAACUAAUAAUAAUAUGAAAUACUAGUUGUUGUUUAUAGUAGAAAAAACCUGUAGAGAUUUCGGGCACUUCAAUACUUCUUGUAAUCUCUCGAUGUUGAGAAUUAAUAAAUGUUUAUUGUCAUAUAAAACACAUAUAUUGUAGUGCUAUCUAUUUAUUUAGCAAUGUCAUAUCCACACAAUAUAAUCACUAGAUGUAAUCCACACUUAAAAAGAAUGUACUAAGUGUUUUUAUAGAAAAAAUUAAGAAAAAAAACCGUAGUUCAUAUACCCACAUGAUGAAUCAUGUAUAUGCAUCGUUACUCUAUGUAUCUUUAUUAAUAUAUAUGUCAUAUUAUUUUUAUCUCUAAUAUUAUUAAUCUGCUUCAAUAUUAUAUAUAAACGUUUAUAGUGAAUAUAAAGUAGUUGUGUGUUUGUUUUGUAGUUGUCAUGUAUCUGUAAUGUUAUAUGAAAUAAAUCGCAAAUGAGUAGAUGAGGCCUGUGUCAGCCAUAACAGGUCCAUCUGAACAUUUGUCCAA